ACCCAGUCAACUACGCAUCAUGAAUUCUUAUAGUGUGGUAUUUGCUUUUGCCCUGGCCGCUGUUGUAGUAGCCGAGCCGCCUUCAGGCUACAGCUACAGCAGGCCCAGCGGGGGUGGCGGCUACUCCUUCGGGGGUGGCAGUCUCUCCUUGGGGGGUGGACUGUCCGGAGGUGGUGGAUACACACCUGUGUCACCUGGUGGUCAAACAAAUGAGGGAGCAUCUGUAGACCCAGCCCUUCUCGAACAAGUCCGUCAAAUUUUGCUUAAAGAAGAACAAAGCUCAUCAUCUUCCAGCGGUGGUGGUGGUGGUGGACACGGUCCAUCUUCUCAAUAUGGUGUUCCUUCACCACAAUACGGAGUGCCAAGCUACCAAUACCGUGUAGUAGGAGUCGAUCUUGAAGGAAUCAAACAAGCCAUCCAAGUCGCUCAAUACAACCAAAUUUCUCAAGGUCCAAGCUUUUCCGGAUACCCAAGCGGACCCAGUUCGAUACCAUCUGGAUCCUAUGGAGCCCCUUACUAAUGGCUCUAGUACUGAUUUCAGUGUGAAUACCAUCUCUUUCCAUCUCAGACGGGUCAUGAUGCAUUCAAUACCAUCAACAUCUUCAACACAUUCCAUCAAGCGUUGAAUGUUCUGUAUAAAGCUUUUGUAGGUUACGUUAAAAAAUACAUUUGUCACCGUA